AUGAAGGACAAUAUUCGUCUCGAAAACUUGCUUCUGAGCCCUUUUAACAGGUACAUUAUUCAAUCAGUCUGCUUUGAACGAAACCCAUUUUAGAAGUCUGAGUGCUCGAUUCGAAAGGCAACAAGUGGCGAAGGCAUUUAUGGACUUCAAAUGGGACAAACAUAUCGCAAUGGGUUGUGAUGCCAGCAGGACGGGUCAUCAGGAGGACAUCAGUGCAUUGGAUUUGGACAACGAAGAGAAAUUGUUUGUCCAAACAUGACCCGAUUAUUGUAGUUUCCUGUUUGCAGAUUAAUGUUCGGAUCAUUCGAAGGCGUGAUUUCGAUUGUCAAGUGCAAAAAUUUAUAUAGACAAAAAUGGCGUAAACCGAUGAAUUUGUAAGUCUGUGUUCAUAUCACUCUCAUAUGAGACCUCAUAAGUACCUUACUUGACAUUUCCAGCAAUUUGCGCCCACAAUCUCUGCGUACUCUUAAAUGGUGUCCACUUGAUAAUCGCAUGUUCAUGAUGGGCACCACUGGCGGAUGGAUGAGAGUGUGCGAUACAACGAGGGGAACCGAGAUUCACUCGAAAAAGUUCGAUGAUGGUGACGUCUACUUCGACUGGAACGAAUACAACAUGACGAACCCGCGAGUGGCUGUGGGCGACGGGAGCGCAUCUCUGAAAGUGAUCGACUUCCGGUGAGUGCGUAGAACUGAUCAGCCGGCGGUAGAAAACCAUUUUAGAGUGGGAAUGAGCCUUCCUCAAUCGAUUCGUUGGCGUGGAAGUCAAAAUCCGAUAGAUGUUGUUCAAUGGUUUCCUUCGAAACAACACUACUUAUACGCGGGAAGGAGAGAUGGAAAAGUCGGGAUCUUCGAUAUAAGAAGUACGAGAGGAGUUCUCAAAGAAAAGCAGAUGCACAAGGCUCCGUUGCACGGAAUCCGUCUCACUCCAGACGGUCGACGACUGAUCACUUUGGACUACGCAGCAAACGUUCGUGUCUCGGACACGUGGGAUUUUUCUUUGAAGGGACACUUUCGUGGAGCGUUUAAAGGUGGUGUCCAACCUGA